AUGAAUAUGGUAAAUAACGAAUAUUUAGCAAGAUGUGCCCAUUGCGAUUUCAUUUCGUAUGCAAGCAAAGUAAAAGAACAUAUAAAGGUAGCACAUGUCGAUCCACGUAAUUUCGAACCUGAAAUUAAUUCCAAAGAAACAGUCAUGUAUGAGGAGAACACCGUGGAAGAACAGGAAAGUAUUCUUGAAGAAGUGGAAAAUAUUCCACCUUCUGAUUCUACAACCAAACAAAACAACAGUCAUCAGUGGAAUGACCCAGAAGUAAAACUUCUGAUUUCCUUAUAUGAAGAAAAUCGACAAAAUUUUGAAGGAACCAAAAUGACCAAUCGGAGUGUCUGGCAAAGAAUAGCAAACAGUAUGACAGAAGCAGGUUAUCCCGUAACAUGGGAACAAUGUGAUAACAAAUUUAAAAAUUUAAAAAAGUCUUAUAAGAAAGUGAUCGAUAAUAACAACAAAACAGGAAGAGGUCGGAUCCAUUUUAAAUACUUUGAUUUAUUAGACCAUGUUCUAAGUGCAAAUCCGAAUAUACAUCCUGUAGCAGAAUGUAACACGUUGAUUUUGAAUGAUCGGGAACAAGAUCUGCAGUCACCUAGCACUAGUAGUGCUUGUGAAACUCCUCAUAACAAUGAAAUGCCACAAAGGAAUAAGAAGCGACGACAACAGCAUUCAGAUGAGGAGCCUAUGUGGUUUAAAACAUAUAAAGACGUCGAAAAACGACACAGAGAAAAAAUGCAGAUGCAGGAUCGCUUCAUUUCCGUAAUCGACAAAUUUUUAAAUCGUUAAAUUAGAUAUGUUAAUACUUACAUAGAAUUUUCAUUUUAUUUUGUAAUGGAAACAAAAUAGUUGGGAAUUAAACAUUUUAUUUGUUCUUA